CGCCGCGCUCGGGAUGCAGCUGAGCUGAGAGCCUGCGCCCGCGGACCGACAGCCCGCGUUCCGAGUCUUUCCCGGCGGUGCGGAGGGGACUUGCGGCGGCAGGAUGACCAACCCGGCGGCCACGCAGAACAAGGAAAUAGACUGUCUGAGCCCCGAGGCUCAGAAGCUGGCGGAGGCCCGGCUGGCAGCGAAGCGUGCGGCCCGCGCGGAGGCCCGAGAGAUCAGGAUGAAGGAGCUGGAGCGGCAGCAGAAGGAGAUCUAUCAGGUCCAGAAGAAAUAUUAUGGGCUGUACACGAAAUGGGGUGACAUCGAGCAGUGGAUGGAAGACAGUGAGCGCUGCUCGCGCAGAUCCAGAAGGAACACCUCGGCGUCUGAUGAAGAUGAGCGCGUGUCAGUGGGUAGUCGCGGAAGCCUGCGGUCGCAGCCUGACCUGGAGUCUGGGGGUCCCUACGGCUGGACAAAUGGUUACAAUGGAGAGGUGUACGGAUCACAGCCCCUGAGCAGAAGAUCUGGCAGGAACUCCACCUACAGCGGUGACGGCAGAUCCUCUACUGUGUCCUCGUCCAGAGAGGAGAAGUUGGGGCCAUCCUGCUCUGACCUCGGCCUUCCCCGCGGUGGCCUUGCGCCCCAAGUCCUGUUCGCCCAGAGUGGAAGCCGGGCGUCUGUGUUCGGGGACGGCAGUCUCGGUGGGACUCGGCGGGGAAGCGCCUCUGGUUCCUAUGCUCCCUCGGAGCACAGUGGCCACCUCAACUCCAGCUCCCGCGCCUCCUCCAGAGCCAGCUCAGCGCGGGCCAGCCCAGUGGUUGAAGAGAGACCAGAAAAAGAUUUCACUGAGAAGGGGUCUCGUAACCUGCCCGGCCUGUCUGCAGCCACACUGGCCUCACUGGGUGGCACCUCCUCCCGGAGGGGGAGCGGGGACACCUCCAUCUCCAUCGACACCGAGGCGUCCAUUAGGGAGAUCAAGGAGCUCAGUGAGUUAAAGGACCAGAUUCAGGAUGUGGAAGGCAAAUAUAUGCAGGGACUGAAACAGAUGAAGGACUCUCUAGCAGAAGUGGAGGAGAAGUAUAAGAAGGCGAUGGUUUCCAACGCCCAGCUGGAUAAUGAGAAGAUGAACUACAUGUACCAGGUCGAUACCCUGAAGGACGCGCUGCUGGAGCUGGAGGAACAGCUGGCGGAGUCUAGGCGGCAGUAUGAGGAGAAAAGCAAAGAAUUCGAGCGGGAGAAGCACACCCACAGCCUGCUGCAGUUUCAGUUCGCCCAGGUGAAAGCCGCCCUGCAGCAGAGGGAGGAGAUGCUCGAGGAAAUCCGACAGCUGCAGCAGAAACAGGCGAGUUAUAUCAGGGAGAUUUCUGAUCUUCAGGAGACGAUAGAGUGGAAAGACAAAAAGAUAGGGGCCUUAGAGAGGCAGAAAGAGUUCUUUGAUUCCAUCAGGAGUGAACGAGAUGAUCUUAGAGAAGAAGUAGUCGUGCUGAAAGAGGAACUAAAGAAACAUGGAAUAAUCCUCAAUUCAGAAACAGCUACCAAUGGAGAGACUUCAGACACCCUAAAUAGUGUUGGAUACCCAGGUCCUACCAAGAUGACAAAAGAAGAGUUGAAUGCCCUCAAGGCGACAGGGGACGGGACCCUAGGAAAAGCCACUGCAGUGGAGGUGAAAAAUGAAAUUGUGGAGAAUGUGGGGAAAAGAGAAAUCUUGCAAAAUACUGAGCAGGAACAGCACAAAGAGGACCCCGUAGAGGAUUGUGUGGACACUGAGGUCUUGCCUCCUGGUGGCAGUGCCAAGGACCGGAAAACCUCUGAAGACAGUGCCCCCUCCCUAGGAACAUUAGCUACAAACGAGGGACAGGUCCGAAGCCCAGUUCUAGAGAGCACGUCCUUCCUUGAACAUGCAGAGCAGGUUGAGUCCAGGGAGCUCACAAACACCCCAGAUGCUAGGACUGGGGCUCCCCUCGAGCAGGCUAAGAGUUCAAGUGAACCAGAUGGUGAAACCCCGGGUCCUGCGUCUGGGCAGGGCAGCCGGAAUGCCGUGGAUGUCAAAAACCAAAGUGAAGAAGCUGCAGGAAAACAAGAACAAGAUGUUCAAACCAGUUUGGGAGAGGUUAGCACAAAACCACAUCAGGAAUCUGCUCCUGUGCAAAUACCUGAAGUUGAAAAGGUGAGCAGCUCCCAGGGUGCGGUGGAGGCAGGGCUAGCUGGAUUGGAGGCGCAAGCGGGCACAGUGGCCUCACGUCCUCCCAGGUAUAGCGAUGACACGGUGAGUCAUGACACAUGUGCAGUAGAUGUCCCCACAGAGUUGGGCCCAGAUUUAGAGAAAGAGCUCACCAACCAGGAAGGGGCUGAAUCCAGGGAGGUCCCAGUUCCGAGCACGGGAGCAGCGGGGGAGCACAGUGAGGAAGAGGACGAGGGGAGGGGGCUCCUGAGUGAGAAACCAGUCCAGACAGAAGUCCCGGCCAGUCCCUCUUCUCCAGCAGCCGGUGCUCAGGAGGCAGCAGGUGCACGUACGAUAAAGGCCAAGAGAGAACCCAGUGAAGAAAAGAACGACCCACAGGGAGAGGGAUUGGGUUCAUCCCAAAAGAAGAUGAAAAACAAGAAAAAGAAAAACAAGAAGAAAAAGUCACCGGCACCUGUAGAAACCCCUAAGGAUGUUAAGAAAGAGUUAACAUUUCAGAACCCAGAUCUCAGUGAAACUGAGGAAGAAAAGCAGAUAAAAUCUCCUGAUGAAAAAUCAGGUGUGGAAACACAAAAUGAGGUCACUGGAAAUCCAAAACAGAGCAUUGUGGCCCGGAGCAGUGACAACCUGGGCUUCCCAGAGGACCCUCAGAUGGAGCUGGCUGGAAAACUGAACCACGAAGAUGGCCAUGGAAACGCCAAGGCGGGGAAAGGAAGAGGGGAUGGAGAACUGUUUGAAGGUGAUACCAUGCAGGCCUCAGGCUACAGGGCCCGUGCUGAGGGAUCAGAGGACGGAGCUGUAAAAGCUGAUGCUGAAGGAGCCGGUGCUGCUCCCCACCGCCCCCCAGAGAAUGAAGACUUGCCAAGCAGCGCCCGGCUCGGAAAUGGAAGUCCCUCUGAGGACAUUAACGCCGCCUCGCAAACAGAAGGUACAGAGGGCUGUGUGAUGUCCGAGGGCCCGAGCCAGGGAGUCAGAAAGGUUUUAGGUAGCGCUAGUCUAGAAAACGAUGACUUGGCACCAGCAAGGGAGUCUGGGGACUCCCAUUCAGAGCGCAAAGAAGAGACGAGGGGCGGAAGCGAGAAGGACAAAAGCAAAGAAGACUGCGCGUUGUCAUAGGUUGAGGCUUGCUUGUCGGGCAGAGUCAGAGAGGGGCCAGGACGGCACAGUGAGUCCAAGCAACAGACCCUUGCCGGUUUCCUCCGCUGGUGAGAUCCAUUAAAUGUUCUAGAUGGAGGUAGACGUGUGACAAUCUGCCACCACGUUAUCUAUUACUAUAAGUUAUAGACUGUUACUUGUAGAUUUAUAUUUUAUUAGGGUUCUCACCCAGAUUAGAAAGACAGACACAUUUGUUAUCAUGUAAGUUUUAACUGAGAGCAUUCCAGUAGUAUCAAAUGAUAACAUACACUGUUUAUAUUUCUGCUUAUAAUCAAAAUAAACAUAGUUCACGCCUGCCUUAGGCUGAUAUGAAUGUGGAUAUUCCGGAUCAAAUAUAUCAGCAUCUAAUUGAAAUGACCAGAUAGCAUUCUAGGAUUCCUACAUCAUGAGUAAAUGAAUUUGUCUCAUUCAAAUAUAUGUGCUUUCAUAUGUGCUUUUGAUAUGUACAUGAUAACCUGCAUGGUAUUUUAUUUAAAAAGGAGAUAAAUGGCCAAACAUCAUGUAGGUCCUUGAGUGAUAAGAUUUGCACCUUAGGACAAUAGCUCAUCAUUUUAGGGAUAAUGAACAUCCUGAAGUCCUGGGAGCUCUUACUUGCCUUUACCUCAUAUAAGGAUUUUAUCUCAGCUAAUGCUUUGGACUUCAUUGUUCAUGAUACCUGAGUUUAUUUUAUAGAUUCUUUUCUCUUUUUCUUUUUUAAAAAAAA